AUGGUUCCUGUUGUGUUUGCAGAGAAGGAGCAGGAGGAGGUGGAGGUGGAGGCCACGGAGGAGGCGGAGGGGGAGCUGUCCGAGGAGGAGGAGGAUGAAGAUGACUCGCAGAGUCAGGAUAAGAUUGAUGAGGCAGGACUUGCUGGCGUGCUGCAGACCACCACGGCAGCAUCCGGAGGUUCCGGUGUUUCGUCCAACAUUCAGGAUCUGAGCGGUUCUCCAGCAGCAGCAGUACAACACUCUGGUCUCUCUGCUGCUCAUCAUGCAGCGGCCGGUCGUCCAGCAGCUUCAUCUCACACAGAAACCAACGGGUCUGACGGAGCAGACUCAGAGUCCAAUGGUAACGGACAGAAGCUGCUGAAUGGAGGAGGGGGCGGAGGCGGAGCUGACAGUCAGACUGGACCCAUCGACCUGUCCAGUCAUGACUUCCUGCUCGGCCUGAUUGAUCACAUGACUCCAGUCACUCAGCUAGACUCUACAGAUCCUGUUCAUCGCUUAGACAUCAGCAUUGACCAAUCAGGACCAGACCACACCUCUCUGGGCUCAGGACCUGACCAAUCAUUGACCAGCUCUGUCUCAGGCUCCUCCCACUCUGCAGCCCAGGGAGGUGCAGCAGCUUCAUCAUCUUCAUUGCACGUUGAAGCUGACGGAGUCCAGACGGAUGGAGCCGACUCAGCUGAUGCUAAUGGAAAUGGCCGACAGACUCUGCUUCUGGACACAAACGGAGUGACGGAUCGACUCAUUUCCUUCAGUGAACUUCAGACUCAGAACCUCCAGACUGAUCUCCCAGCAGGUGGAGCAGAGUCAGCGACUGGUCUUCACAUCGACCUCACAGUGUCAGGUCUUGGACUUGGCCAUGAUGUCACAGAGUCGUCCCCCGUCGUCCUCCACACAGAGUCUGUAGACAGCUUCACACACACACUGCACCCAGCUUCAGGUGGUUACUCCUACACAGACCUGGUUACCAUGACAACAGACUCCACAGGAUUAGUUUCAGCAGAUCCAACAGGAACCCAACUUGACUCAAGUCAUCCAGCUGUGACAGAUCGCACACAGAUGGCUGGUUCAGUCACUGAACAGUACAACCCAUCUGGUCAGGGUCCUGAAGGUACAGAAAAUGUGGAACUGGAGGAUACCUGCUGACUUCCACAUCAAGCCGCGAGUUCGAUUCCUGCGCUACUGUUUCCAGUGUACCGACCAAUCAGCAUGGCCCAGGAAGUCAGACCCCUCCCACUAGCUGUAGGCCCCACCCACGGAGCGCCAGUGUUUUUUUUUUAUAUUUAAAAGUUUGUUAAUAGACGUUUAUUUUGUUUUAGAGAAUCAGUGAGGAAAUACAUAGAAAUAAAUAACCUGAUGACGCCAUACAGGAUGUGACAUCACCUUCACUGUCGGGAUUGAAAAAUGUGAUUUUGAACAGUAAAUGUUUUUGUCUAUUUUGAACAUCAAACAGAAUUUGUAAUUUGUCCAAACUGAUGAAUAACCUGAUGACAUCAUCAGGUCGUUCCUGUCGAGCAGGAAGUUACUUAAU